AUGAAUAAGCCAGUUCUGAAAAUUGUACAUGAAUGUAACAAUUAUUUUCUGAUAAACAAGCCUCCUAAUGUACUUUCACAACCUGGAAAUGUUCAUCGUUGGAUUUACCAUGGACUUUAUAAGAACCAACAUGUCAAUACGCCCAAAGUUCUGUUAGACGAAUUGAAAUCCCAGAGCAGCACUAGUAAAAGAGAUUUUGAUAGUUGGAGACUAGUACACAGGCUGGAUAGUUGUGUUUCAGGAGGGUUGCUCGUCGCUACAAACAAAAAUGCUGCAAAGUACUUCUCGAGGAAUCUGAAAGAGGGCGGUAAUAAAGGUUAUAAGAUUGAUAGGAGGUAUGUAGCCAUGAUAGACAACCCAGGUAAGGGUGAUCCCAAAUAUCUGAAUGAAUACGGUAUAAUCGACAAGAUGGGAAUGGUAUCCAAAUACAGAAGAUUUGAUGAAAAAUGUAUACUUGUUGAGCUCUCCACUGGACAAAAACAUCAGAUUAGAAAGCACCUUUCCCAUAUUUUAAAACAACCAGUUUUGAACGAUGUUAAAUACGGUGGUCCACUAUUACCACAUACCGAUCCUUUACAGAUAGCAUUACAUGCAGCUUGUGUUAAAACGAAGAUUGGUUUACAAAAGAGAGAACAUCUGAUACCAAUGACAUUUAACAACAAUGGUAAGCUGUGGGAUCGUCGAUAUUUGGACGAAAAAGGGAAUUUCAUUCCCGAGAUUCAAAAGAUGCUUUUGGAAGAGUGGACAUUCUAA